AUGCCUCGUCUUUCAACCCCAAUUACUGAAGAUGAGUAUCUAUAUGAUAAUUUUUGGACAAAAGAAGCAGAUAAUACGUUUGUUGAUUUGCUGAUCGAGUCACAUUUUCUCGAUUAUUGGAAGAGUGGUCAGUCGGAAAAAAAUGUGUAUGAUUACUGGCGUGUCUUUCUGGAAGCUGAAGGAUACAUGCAAUUCACGCAUGAGGUCCUGGAGGAGAGGUUCGAAUUCCUCCGUAAACGUUACAAAGUCUUCAGCUGGAUGUUAGCAAAGCCUGGCCUACGUUAUUGCGCGCGAUCGAACAGCCUCACGGCACCUGUUGCAGUUUGGGACGAUAUAUUCGAGGAAGACCUGCGCUACAUGUUUGAGGAAGUCUUUCCAAGCAGUCGAAGGCCGGAACUUGUCCCGGACCGCAAUUCGACCAACGAAAAUGCCUUUGCUGGAAAGGUCCCUCAGUUUGAUGAUAACUCAGACACGUCAUACCACAAUGCACUUCGAGACCUUUGCUCAAGCCGAAAUAGUAUUUUCUCAUCUCGCCCGGGAGGGGCUCAUAAUGCCACAUCAGAAGGAUCUGUCAACAUGCAGGCACACAUAGUCAUAUCUAGGCCUGGAAAACGUACGACUUUGCGCAUUCCACGUCCUCCACGUAAGCCCGAUCCAGCCUCUUGUAAGGGAUCUUCUAGUGAUCCGCAACCUUAA